UGACAAGGCUGCUUCUCGACCAGGACUUAUAAAUUGAAGAUUACCUAAGGAAGGAAUUCAUAACAGUCAAGUGAUUUUUAUACGGAUACCUAGAUCUACUCCUGUAUAUCAUGGCAUCUUUUGCUGCCACACUUGGUGUCAUCAUUCUGUCGGGAUUCAUCGACCUCACAGCAGCAAACAAGGACACUUGUGAUCUUCAUGCUUUAGUUGGACAGAGUCUUACUCUUCCGUCCGUCUUUAAGGGACUGGCAAACUCAGAUGUGCUGAGAUGGACUCAUAAUAGCACGAUCAUUUUAUACAGAGAUAAAGGCAAGGUGACUGUUGGAAAGUCGACGGACAUAUCUGCAACUGGAUCUCUUUUGCUGAAGAACCUAAAAUUCUCAAGUGCAGGGGCUUACCAGGGAGAUGUGCUGAAUUCCACCGGUACGCUGGUUAAAACAUGGACUGGUCGUCUCUGUAUGAUGGACAAGGUAUCAAAACCUCAACUCACCUACAUGUGUGACCCAAAGUCUAGUGCUGUUAAUCUAAAUUGCCACGUUGCUAAUCCUCAGGGUUUGGUGUUCUCAUGGACACUCAAUGAAAAGACCUUAACCAGCGAAACAAGACAAACACUGAGCAUUUCACUGGCACAGCUGCAAGCGGAGAGGAGCUUUUCAUGUAGUGUGGCAAACAAAGCAAGCAGCAAGGAGAAGAGUGACACUGUCCGUCCAACAUGUAAAGGUCCACCACCACCAGUCUGUUUCACAUCCAAAACUGUUGUAGCACUGCUAGCAGGAGGAGCAGGUCUGAUUCUGUUCUUGCUCAUCAUAAUCAUCGGGUUAUGUUGCUGCCACAUACGCAUCAAAACCCAAAUGCGACGCAGGGAUGAAGGGGAGAUGAGGAUGCUUUCUCUAAACAAACGAGAGCCUGACUCCAUCAGCCCAGAGUAUGAGACUAUGCACCCGAAUGUGGACUCUACACCCAAUUCUUCCCCUGGAGACUGUUACAUGACUGUUACUCAGCCUGAAGCUCAGACGGAAAACAGGCCUGCACAGCUAGCCACAGCUGCUGAAGGACUACGACCUUCACCUGUGCCGAAGCCGAGGACGAAGAGCCCACAGACACCAAACAUCUGAAUCAGCCUCCCUCUCUUACCAUCCAAGGAACUUUUAAAGACAAAAAUGCAUUUAUUUCUUUUAGCUUUAUCCAUCCAUCCAUCCAUCCAUUUCCUUCUGCUUAUCCGGGGCCGGGUCGCGGGGGCAGCAAGCUAAGGGGGGUCCUCCAGACGUCCUUCUCCCCAGCAACACUUUCCAGCUCCUCCUGGGGAACCCCGAGGCGUUCCCAGGCCAGACGAGAUAUAUAAUCUCUCCAGCGUGUUCUGGGUCUACCCCGGGGCCUCUUACCAGCUUUUAGCUUUAUAACAAUUUUAACCUACACUUUCUUUAUCUCUGUAAUAUUCGAGAAUAUAUCUAUCAUGACAUGCUGUGGGCCUCUGACGCAUAUUUUGAAGCAGUAUGAUCUUUAUUUACCCAGCAACUUUAAAUGGUAAAUCAUGGCUUAUCUAUGUUGAAGUUUUGUUGUUAUUUUUUUCAAUUUAGCUUUUAUAGUGGUGGGGGUAAAUGGUUGGUGUGGAAUAUAAAAUAAAAAAAAAAAAAAAAAAAUGACUGUAAUGAAUAUAAAGGGGACGUAGCUGAUCCACAUUAUGAUACAGGAAACUAUGCAGGAGAAAUUUCAAUACAGAUGUAUCGUUCUUAUUUGUUAACGUUACUGGUAAUCUUAUCAGUUCUAUUAUGUCUUCUCUGCCAAUGUACUUCUGUCUUAUAAAUAAAGCAAU